AUGCGGCACUCCGGCAUUCUUACAAAAACUCAUCCGGAGGGGUGCACUUCCCGCCACACGAAAACAGCUGUGCACCGGACUUUCCAGAUAAAAACAUUUAGCACCGAGUUGAAAAACCAUGUGAUGGUCAUGGAUUUCGUGAAGAGUAACUGGUUCCCCUCCCAGAGAAGAGCCAAAGUUUGCAUCAUCCAUAUGUGUCAAGGCCUGAAGACAGCUGAGCAGACAGCCAGCCGAUACGAGAUCCACAGUCGGCUCUUCUCGUCCCCCAAAGAUCAUUCUGCUUGGGAAAGAAAUGAAGGUCUUUCAAACACAGGAUUACGGGACAACCAGUACAAUACAAACGAUCAAAUUGCCUUUAAAAAUCUUCAGUCUGAUGUUACAGAGAAGAAAUCUGACUUCACCGAGGAGACUCUGGCAUCGCGCAGCACAAAAAUGAUUUCAUCCCUCGUCAUUUCACAGCUGAUGGAUGAGAGUAAAUCAAAGGCAAACCGGGCCGCCGUGCCUCCGGCCAGGCCGUCGCGGGUGAACCGCAGCGGGGUCUCCAUCAGCCGGGCGUUCGCCCUCCUUCCUGGCAGGCUGGGCAUUCAGACGCCGGCGGCCCAGGAGCCAGGACCUGACACGGAGCUGCCACCCAAUGAGGAGAAGCCGUGCAGCGGCCCCCAAAGGGGCUUUGCGUCCAUCACCAUCACGGCCAGGCGCGUGGGCCCCGCAGCCGGCACCCUGGCGUGGGAGGCCGUGGGGGGCCCGCGGUACACAAGCCGGGCCCAGGGCACUCUGCUCAGGGACGCCUCUGCUCCGGCUGGGGGUGCCGAGCCCUGUGGGCACCAGGGACCGUUCACCUGCGCGGAGUGCUCCAGAAACUGCUCUGUGAUGAGGCUGAAGGUGCAGGAGAUGGACCCCCGGCUGUGCGAGGCUCACGAGUACUGGAUCACGGAUGUGGACGACCGAGAGAACAGUUUUCCUCCGGGCGCCGCGCGGUCGGGAAAGGGGCCGCUGGUGUUCAGCUCCUGCGUCCAUGUCAGGGUGUCUCAGCACUGCCCCAAUUCCAUUUACUAUCUAGACCGGUCCCUCUCCGUCCCCAUUGAGCAGCCUCCGCUUGCUGGCCCUAAAAUGCACAGGUCGGUCCUGUCGCUCAACCUAAACUGCAGUUCACACGGAUUGACACCAGAUGGAGUAGACGGCACGGCUAAAGGAGGGCCAAUGAGCAGUGCCUUGAAGCGGGAGCUCACGGAGGGAAACCAGAACCUCCUAGGCCCCCGCUGGAACCCGGGUUUGCAAGGAAGCUUCUCGAAGGAAAACCUGUCCUUGGAGCAGGUGCAUCUGGGGCCCCGCACCUGUCCUUGGAGGGGCUCGCGUCUGUUGGAAAAGCAAGCAUUCUCGGGUGUGGGAGUUCACCAGGUCACAGUAAGAAAAGGGAGAGAGGACUAUACCACUCGGCACACCGGGGGUGGUGGAAGCCAACUGUCCAUCCACAUUCCUGGCUGGAGUUACACAGCAGUAGAAGCAAAAGUAUUUUCUGGAAGCAGCGAGAAGCAACAAGGAGAAGCACGUGUGACUUUGUCUGCUCCCCCAGUGGAACAGAAGCUGGUUAAAGAGUUCCUUCCCGAUGGGUAUAGCUCUCCAAACAACAACUGUCAGUCUAGCAACUUCUCUGAGCCCUCAGAGAGUCAACAGCAAAGCUUCCUGAAAUCCGGAAUCCCUUUAUCUGGCUUUCUUUGCCCCUUACAAGAUUUAUGCACAUUUCCACAGGAAGACAGUGAUGUUCAGAUAGAAGGAGAGUUCCCCAAAGGGGAUUACAAGUGCUGUGACUUGGUUGUAAAAAUAAAGGAAUGCAGGAAGAGUGAGGAGACCCCCGAGCCAGCUCCCCCGGAGCCAGUGUCCCCCGAGCCACCAGAGACCCCUGACCUGUCUGAAGACUGUUCUGAGGGUCAACGAACACCUGUAGGCUCCUUGACCUUGCAGGAAGCCCUGGAAGUCCGGAAACCCCAGUUCAUUUCUCGUUCCCAAGAACGGCUGAAGAAGCUGGAGCACAUGGUACAGCAGAGAAAAGCCCAGCGGAAGGAGAACCUGGGCCAGAAGCAGAGUCUCUUUCCUGUCCGCACCAACAAGAAGCAGUUCACGGUUCCCCACCCUCUUAGCGAUAACUUGUUCAAACCCAAAGAAAGAUACAUUUCAGAGAAGGAGAUGCACAUGCGAUCUAAAAGAAUCUAUAAUAACUUGCCGGAAGUGAAAAAGAAAAAAGAAGAACAAAAGAAAAGAGUGAUCUUACAGAGUAACAGACUGCGUGCUGAAGUCUUCAAAAAGCAAUUACUGGACCAGCUCCUUCAAAGGAACGCGGUCUAA